AUAAACACGUGCUGCGAGGCUUCGUCCACGCGGUAGCCCGGAGCUAGAGCAGCCACCGCGGGGAGAACCGAGCCAGAACUCCGGUACCGAGGAGCAGGAGGCGGCGGAGGAGGAGGAGGAGGAGGAGGAGCAGUCAUGGAGACAGAUGGAGAACAGAACCAGCAGACAGCCUCCACCAAUGGGAGCACAGCGUCUGGGAGCACGUCCCGCCCUUCACCCAUGAACUCCAUGUCUCUGUAUGAAAGACAGGCGGUGCAGGCUCUGCAGGCGCUGCAGCGUCAGCCUAACGCCGCUCAGUACUUCCAGCAGCUGAUGCUGCAGCAGCAGAUAAACAACGCUCAGCUGCAGAAUCUGGCUGCUGUUCAACAGGCGACGCUGGCAGCCAGUCGUCAGUCCAGUCCGUCCAGCAGUAGCAGUUCGUCUCAGACGACCAGCACGGCGUCUACGAGUGUAACCGCAGGAUCAGGCUCCGCCCCCAGCAGUCGUCCAACGGUCGCCUCUGCGACGUCCACCAUCAGCCAGUCGGUGCUUCUGAGUGGGACUGCAGCAGGACAGGGACAGAUGUACCUGAGGGUGAACCGCUCGCUCCGCGCUCCCAUCUCCUCUCAGCUCAUCUUCAUGCCCGGCAACACGGCGACCGCUGCCGUGGCGACCGUCACGCAGCAGCAGCCACAGGCUCAGCAACAGCAGCCAGAGGUGACUCCGCCCACUUCCUCCUCCAUCAGCUGUCACUCAGACAAUGAGCAGGUGCAGAAUUUAGCAAUGAGGGGCGUGGCCUGUCUGAAAGGGGUGGGAGUAAAGACUGAAGCUCCAGACAGGAGUGACUCAGCCUACUCUCUGACUCCGCCCUCCCACCAGUCAAACACACAGUCGCACAGUAAACUGACCCCACCCCCGCCGCAGACCCCGCACAUCAAAAUCCCUACGUAUCCUCAGCCCACGAACCUGAAAGCUCACGCCUCCUCCUUCUCCUCCUCCUCCUCCUCCUCCUCCAUCCCUCUCUCUCAGCUCCUGCUUCACGGAACUCGCACCCUUGCCACGGGAGGCUCCACCCCCACAGCGGCGCACACCCUGGUCCUCACGUCCAGUGCCGGGUCUCAGCCUCACGGUUACCCAAUUAAGCCGGCGGUGGGCGCUCAGACGCUGGUGGUUCAGCCGCUGCAGAAAACAUCGCUCGGCGCCGCCGACAAACCAGGCGGCGGUCCGAUUCCAAUCCAGCCCAAAACUCUGCAGGGGCUGCGUCUCCCACUGCAGCUGCCGUCACGGAACCCUCCGCCCAUCCUCCCCGCGCCGCCGCCGUCCGCUGGCUCCGCCCAGCCCCCGCAGGCGCCGCACAUCCCCGUCCAGAUUGUGGGCGCGAGGCAGAGCACGCUGGGGAACGCCCAGGCGUUGGCGCGGGGAAGCUGCAGCCAGGACGGAGCCGCCGCCCUCAACAGCUCGUCCAGCCUCCUCACCAUGGUGGCAUCCAUCGCCUCCAGGGAGGGCGGAGUCAUGGGCCGAGGAGGCGUCGGGCUCAAAGCACUGCAGUCGCCGCAGGAGGCGCCGCCGCUGGCUCAGGUCUCUCAGGUUCAUCCUCAGGCCAAUCAGAGCGCAGCACAGAGUCAGAGCGGCACGCUAGCUUCAAGCUCCGCCUCCGCCCAGCCCGCUGAUGUAUCUUCCCCGCCCUCCUCGCUGUCUCGCUCCUCCCUUUCCCUCGCACUGACGACAGAAGAGCAGAGAGGAGUGGUGGGCGGAGUCACCGCGAACGGAGAUUCGACAGGAAGUCAGACACCGCAGGUGAAACACGUCAGCGGUUCGUUAAAAAGAAAAUCGGAUUCUAACUCGGCCAACGAUGAAGAUGGCCCCUCCCCUCCGCGGAUCCAGCCCGUCAGAGACCACGCCUCUGUGCUCCCGACCAAUCCCGUCAAAGCAGGCUCUGUUGCUCCGCCUCUGGCUCCUCCCUCCUCAGUCCUCUCUGUGUCGCGCGGGGGCGGCGUUCAGACAGACAGAGCUCCUCCCCCUCAGGCUGUGGUGAAGCCUCACGUGCUCACUCACCUCAUCGAGGGCUUUGUCAUACAGGAAGGGGCGGAGCCUUUUCCGGUUUGUGGUUCAGUCAAAGACUCGAGCGGCGAGGAUUUGACUAACGACAGCCAGACAGAGACGGUUACCACGGCAACAGUGCUGAAGUGUGAGUACUGUAAAAACUUUGCUCCUGCUGCUCAGUUCAGAGGAACCAAGAGGUUCUGCUCCAUGUCCUGUGCUAAGAGUAUGUAUUGGUUCCCCAGGUACAACGUCAGCUUCAGGCAGCACUUCUGCAUGCGGCAGGGUCACGGCCAGGGUCACGGCCAGGGUCACGGCCAGGGUCUGGAUGGGGACCAGGGCCACGGUCAGCUCUCUAACUCAGACGAGGAGGGAGGAAUCGCCCGGCGCAGAGUCCCUCGCAGGACCAGCUCUGAAAUAGCCAGCGCUAAGAUAGCAGGGCGCCCCCUACCUGUCAAGUGCCGCUCAGAGUCCAGUCACUCAGACGAGGAGUCGAGUCCAGAGGACGAUGAAGACGACCCCAUGUCCUUGUCUCCGGCCUCCACAGCCUCCUGCCACCAGCCUCCUCCUCCUCCUCCUCCAGAGGGUCCACCUCCCGGCUGCCUGCUCUCUGUCCCCGCCCAGUGGAGUGUGCAGGAAGUGUCACAGUUUAUCUCGUCACUGCAAGGCUGUGAAGAUCUGGCGUCUCAGUUCCUGUCGCAGGAGAUUGACGGACAGGCGCUGCUGCUGCUGAAGGAGGAGCAUCUUAUGUCCACUAUGAACAUCAAGCUAGGCCCCGCCCUCAAGAUCUGUGCCCACAUCAACACGCUGAGAGACUGACACACACACACACACACACAGGCUCCGGUCUGUGGUUUUUUAAACUCGUUGUUUUUGCACAGGAACACACACGACAUGAGACGUCUCAUAAAAAUGCUUCUUAACGUGCAAAAUCUUUACUUUCUGCGACAAAGUUGUUUUACAUCCACGUGUUUGAUUUUAGGCCUCAUUUAAAACACAGAAACAAACAUUUUUGAAUGUAUUUUUAAAGAAAAUUGCAGAAUUGAGUGCAAUCUGCACAACAUGAGCGCGAUGAUUGUUGUUGUUGUUGUUUUAUAUAUUGAGCGUUUGUGUCUGUGGACAUUUUUACAAAAGCAGAAGGAGAUUGUUUUUGGUCACAGGAGAGUUUUUACUUGUUUUUACUUGUUUUUACUUGUUUUUUUUGUUGACAAAUGUGUUUUUUUAAAUUUGCGGCAGAACCUUUAAAAAAGUAAAGAUUUUAAUAUGAAAGCACUCAACAUCUUUAAUGUUAGGUCUAUUUUUAGCUGUUGUGCGUUUAGCGUCAUGGUUCUUUAACUGUGUGUCUAGUUUGACGUACAGGCUAAAGUGAGAGUACAGGGUAACGACCACAGACCAGUCCAAACACAAUAAAUACUCAUGCUACAUGUUUUUCUUUUCUCUAACUAGGACUGCGUUAGUAACUGGUUAGUUAAUCUGGUCCAGAAAGUGUUGAUCAAACCAAAAAUGUUCUUUGUUUUAUGGAGCAAAGAAAGCAGAAAAUAUUCACAUUUAAG